CUGGAGGGUCAACCCCUCCUUCUUCCAACCUAAACCCCUUUUCUCCUUUCCCUCUUAUGCUAACUGCUUCCCAACCACCGUCUCCGCCGCCAUGUCCCAUCUCCGCCUCAUUCUCCUCGCCGUGCUCUCUCUCGUCUCUUCCUCUCUCUCUCAGACCUCUCCUCCCCCAGCGAUUCUGAUCGAUUGCGGCGCCUCCGCCUCAUCUGUAAUCGACGGACGGAGAUGGCAAUCCGACGAGAAUUUCGUCUCCAGUGGAACACCCAUGAACGUCUCCGAUCAAGUGCUCGACGAAAUCUUAUUUACCGCCAGAUCCUUCCCGCUUGACCUCGAUGGCACUCGUCGCAAGUUUUGCUACGUGGUUGGCGUCUCCCGUGGCUGGAAGUACAUGAUCAGGACGACUUAUUACUACGGAGGAGUAAACGGAAAAGGUACUCCGCCGCCGGUAUUCGACCAGAUUGUCGACGGGACUUUUUGGGGAGUCGUGAAUACCACCGCCGAUUACGCCGACGGCCUGGCUUCUUACUACGAAGGGGUUUUUCUGGCGCAGGGAAAGUCCAUAAGCGUCUGCAUUGCUUCCAAUUCUUAUACCACUUCGAACCCAUUUAUCUCAGCCUUGGAGCUCGUCAGGCUCGAUGGUACUCUCUACAAUUCCACCGACUUCAGCACUCUUGGGCUAAGUCUUGUUGCUAGGCAUGCUUUUGGAUACAGCGGACCAAUCAUCAGGUUUCCAGAUGAUGAGUUUGAUAGGUUUUGGGAGCCUUAUUCGCUGAACUCGACCGUACCGAACAAUCGGAAAAUAGAAGUUUCUGGUUUCUGGAACCUUCCGCCUUCGAGGAUAUUCAACACAGAUCUAAGAGCUACUCAGGUUCAGCCUUUGGAGUUCACGUGGCCCCCAAUGCCCUUAACAAAGUCCUUUUAUUACAUUGCGCUAUACUUUGCCCAUGAUUCUGACUCAUUGGGAGAUGGAUCCAGAGUCUUUGAUGUUUCUGUGAAUGGUGUAACGUACUAUAAAGAGCUGUCUGUCACUCCAGCUGGUGCGGUUAUCUUUGCAAGCAGGUGGCCUCUUGAAGGUCUCACAACGUUAACUCUAAGUCCUAGAAGUGGUUCAAACCUUCCCCCUCUGAUCAAUGGUGGUGAAAUGUUUGAGCUGAUCUCUCUUGGAGGGAAGACGCUUGUUCGAGAUGUAACUGCUCUGAAUGCUAUUAAAAGCAGUUUCCAGAACGCACCAGUUGAUUGGAGCGGGGAUCCUUGUAUGCCUAAAAACUACUCGUGGUCUGGAGUUACCUGCUCUGAAGGCCCCCGAAUUCGCAUAGUAGCUUUGAACUUGACUAGUAUGGGACUUUCUGGUUCGCUAGCACCUGAAGUUGGAAAAUUAACAGCAUUGUCCUCCAUUUGGCUGGGAAACAAUUCUCUCUCGGGAAGUAUACCUAACUUCAGUUCACUCAAAUUGCUGGAGUCAGUGCACUUGGAAGACAACCGUUUCAGUGGAGCUAUUCCUUCAUUUUUCAGUGGAGUGCCACGCUUGCGAGAGCUGUUCUUGCAAAACAAUAACCUAACUGGCCAAAUUCCUAGCAGUCUGUUUCAAAAGCCAGGACUUGACCUGAGGACUUCUGGUAAUCCCUUUUUGACUCAGCCGCCACGC